UCAUUCUACCUACCCGUCAGUUGUCAAUUUGGAUUUGGAUUGUGAAUUGUGAGAUUGUAAUUUUCAUAGAAACAAUAAAACUUUUAUUUCUUACUAUACAAUUCAAAAUAAAUAACUCAAAAUGGUUUUGGAGAGUACAAUGAUAUGCGUGGAUAACAGUGAUUACAUGAGAAAUGGAGACUUUUUACCAACGAGACUUCAAGCUCAGCAAGAUGCUGUAAACUUGGUAUGCCAUUCGAAAACACGGUCAAAUCCUGAGAACAAUGUUGGAUUGCUAACAUUGGCUAAUGUUGAAGUUCUUGCUACUUUAACUAGCGAUGUGGGGCGCAUUCUUUCAAAACUGCAUCGUGUGCAGCCAAAUGGUAACAUCAAUAUUUUGACGGGUAUUAGAAUUGCCCAUCUAGCUCUCAAACAUCGUCAAGGAAAGAAUCAUAAAAUGCGCAUAGUUGUGUUCGUUGGAUCACCAGUUACGUCAGAUGAAAAGGAAUUAGUCAAGUUGGCGAAGAGACUCAAAAAGGAAAAAGUUAAUUGUGACGUCAUAUCUUUUGGUGAGGACUCCGAAAACAAUCCUUUGUUAACUACGUUCGUGAAUACACUUAACGGUAAGGACAAUACGUCAGGCGGCAGCCACCUUGUGUCGGUUCCAGCUGGUGGGUGCGUUGUGCUAUCUGAAGCACUGAUCUCGAGUCCCAUAAUAGGCGGCGAUGGCGCCGGUCCUUCAGGUUCUGGUUUGUCUCCAUUCGAAUUUGGUGUUGAUCCUAAUGAAGAUCCAGAGCUGGCUCUAGCUCUAAGAGUGUCCAUGGAGGAACAGAGACAACGCCAAGAGGAGGAAUCUCGGCGCCAGCAGGCCAGUUCUGGAGAAGAAGCUCCAAAAGCUGGAGAAACACCAAGUGCUGGUGUCCCGAUGUCGCUUGGACGUGAAGCUAUGGAGUUAUAUGCGGAAGUCAUGAAUGACCCAGCAUUUCUCCAGAGUGUCCUAGAAAAUUUGCCUGGUGUUGAUCCUCAGAGCGAGGCCAUUCGUAAUGCAAUGUCUACUAUAAAGAAGGACAAGGAUGACAAAGAUGAUAAAGACCAAAAGGAUAAAGAUGCGAAGGGAGGUUCCAGUUCAAAGGAGAGCCAAUAAUUUUUUUUCAAUUUUUUUAAUUUAUAAAUAUGCUCGUAAACUUGGUAACAAUUCUAUGUAAUAUCACGAAAAUAUACAUGGAUUCACAAUACAAUUUGACAUUCAUUUCCACGAAAUCCAAUUGAGGCCUUCUAUUUUGUUAUACUCUGGAACAAUAGACAUUAUGUUUUAGCCUAAAUAAAUAAUGCAUACAU